GUAAAGGAACCCAGGUGCACUUGUGGUCAGUCCUUUAGGGAGGCUGCUCCCUGGUCGAAUGCCAACUGCUUUGUGGUGGUGACAGGAGCCAGUCGCGGCUUUGGUAGGGCGUUCUGCAUUCAGCUAUUGAAAGAGGUGGCUGAGCCGCGCUCCUGCCACUCUCCGCCUGCCGCUUCCCUCACAUUUUUUCUCCUCGGCCGUGAUGUUAAUGCCCUCUGUGAAACAGAAAGCGAGAUUAUUGCAUCGAUACCGGAAAACGGUACUACGAGUGUUGCUGUGUACUUUGAUGGUGGUGAGCAUCUUGAUAUGAAUAUCGCAGAUGCUGUCACCCUCUCAAACACCCUACAGCCAAUCUAUGACGCAAUGGCUAAGUGCUCCGGUGGCAAUCAGCCUCAGUGGAACCUCUUAGUCAACAAUGCUGGCACUCUGGGCAACAUAAAGAACCGUGCGGAUGAGCACCUUUCCACGGUUGACUUGGAGUCGUACUUUCGGGUCAACCUCUUUUCCCAGAUCAUUCUUACCAAUGUCUUCCUCCAUCAUGUAGCUCCGAUGUCCGAAAUGGCUUCCCAUCCACCCACCACCAUUCUCACCAUUUCUAGUCUCGCCGCAAUCAAACCACUUUCACAUAUGCUUACCUACUGUUGUGGCAAAGCCGCACGCGAUAUGCAUCUCAAGUGCUUGGCCAUUGAUCGGCCCUCUAUCUCUGCUUUUAUCUAUUCACCGGGUCCCCUGUUGACCGCAAUGUAUGACCAAUUGGAGAGGGACCAAGGGGAUCCGAAAGCGCGCUCCUGGUUCAAGGAACGACGCGAGCAGGGUCUCGUGAUACAGCCCAUGGAAUCUGCACGAAUGUGUGUGCGUUGGUUGCGCCGGCAAAGGUUUUCUUUGCAAACCGGUGAAAUCCAAUUUCCAGCGCGAGUUUGUCUAGUACAUCAGGCAGACUACAGGGAACUGUGGAAAGGGCAGCAUUUGGACUAUUUCGAAGCUCGAGACCUGGAGGAGGCAGAGUUUGACAGAAUUGGACUCUAA